GGACAACGAGAGCGAGAGAGAGAGAGAGAACUGCCUUCUAGCUGCUAAGACAGCGGACAGAAAUAGCACAGCCACCGUGAGCCGUGUGCGACUCAUUGUAUCCAAGACCACAUUUUAUCUACGUUCAUUAAUCAGUUGCACAGAAAGAAGGAAAUGACAUCUGGUCCAUUCUUCUUCUGCGUCUUCAUUAUUGGGAACUACUUCACUCCUGGGAGGGCACAGGAUGUCAGCUGUCCCCUUGGUUCCUUCCCCUGUGGGAACAUCACCAAGUGCUUGCCCCAGCUGCUUCACUGCAACGGUGUGGACGACUGUGGGAACCGAGCAGACGAGGAUAACUGCGGCGACAACAAUGGCUGGUCUCUACAAUUCGACAAGUACUUUUCCGAUAUCUACAAACUGACUCCACGACCCCCUUCUGAAUGCUUGGUUGGCUCUGUGCCCAAGCACUGUGUGUGCCGAGAUCUAGAGAUUGACUGUGAAGGAGCCAAUUUACGAGCUGUCCCGUCAGUUUCUGCCAAUGUGACUGUAAUGUCCCUGCAGCGGAACUUCAUAAGAACGCUCCCUCCCAACGGCUUCAGGAAGUACCGUGAGCUUCAAAAGCUGUGCCUGCAAAACAAUAAGAUUCGCUUCGUGUCCAUCUCGGCUUUCAGAGGACUGCGCAGCCUCACCAAACUGUAUCUCAGCCAUAACAGAAUAACCUUCCUGAAGCCAGGAGUGUUCGAAGAACUGCACAGGCUGGAGUGGCUGAUAAUCGAAGACAAUCACCUCAACCGAAUCUCCCCACUCACAUUUUAUGGGCUGAAUUCUCUCAUUCUCUUAGUGCUGAUGGAUAACGUCCUCACCCGUUUGCCUGACAAACCCCUCUGCCAGCACAUGCCCCGGCUACACUGGCUGGACUUUGAAGGCAACCAUAUCCAUAAUCUAAGAAAUUUGACUUUUAUCUCCUGUAAUAAUUUAACUGUUUUGGUAAUGAGGAAAAACAAAAUUAAUCACUUAAAUGAACAUGCAUUUACACACCUCCAGAAACUAGAUGAAUUGGAUUUGGGAUGCAAUCGGAUUGAAAACCUUCCAGCGAACAUCUUUAAGGGUCUGAAGGAGCUGACACAAUUGAAUAUUUCCUAUAAUCCAAUCCAGAAAAUUCAAGUAAAUCAAUUUGAUUAUCUUGCCAAACUCAAGUCUCUCAGCCUAGAGGGAAUUGAGAUCACAAAUAUCCAGCAGAGGAUGUUUAGGCCUCUCGUGAAUCUCUCUCACAUCUAUUUUAAGAGAUUCCAGUACUGUGGCUAUGCACCGCACGUGCGCAGCUGUAAGCCCAACACGGAUGGAAUUUCGUCUCUGGAGAACCUCUUGGCAAACAUCAUUCAGAGAGUCUUUGUCUGGGUUGUGUCUGCAGUUACCUGCUUUGGAAACAUUUUUGUCAUUUGUAUGCGGCCCUACAUCAGGUCUGAGAACAAGCUGCAUGCCAUGUCCAUCAUUUCUCUCUGCUGUGCUGACUGCCUAAUGGGAGUAUAUUUAUUCGUGAUCGGAGCCUUUGACCUCAAGUUUCGGGGCGAAUAUAACCAACACGCCCAGCCGUGGAUGGAGAGCGCUCAUUGUCAGCUUAUGGGGUCUUUGGCCAUUCUGUCCACGGAAGUAUCCGUCCUGCUUUUAACAUUCCUAACAUUGGAAAAGUACAUCUGCAUCGUGUAUCCUUUUCGGUGUCUCAGGCCUCGGAAAUGCAGAACAAUCACGGUGCUGACGUUCAUUUGGAUUGUUGGGUUUAUAGUGGCUUUUGCUCCACUCAGCAAUAAGGAAUUUUUCAGAAACUACUAUGGCACGAACGGAGUGUGCUUUCCACUUCACUCAGAGGACUCGGGAAGCACUGGAGCCCAGAUCUAUUCCGUGGUGAUUUUUCUUGGUAUCAACCUGGUGGCUUUCGUCAUCAUCGUGUUCUCCUACGGCAGCAUGUUUUACAGUGUCCACCAGAGCGCCAUCACGGCGACCGAGAUCCAGAAGCAGGUGAAGCGGGAGGUGAUCCUGGCCAAGCGCUUUUUCUUCAUCGUCUUUACGGACGCGCUGUGCUGGAUUCCCAUCUUCAUCCUGAAAUUUCUUUCACUGCUUCAGGUGGAAAUCCCAGACACUAUCACCUCUUGGGUAGUGAUUUUUAUUCUGCCCAUCAACAGCGCUUUGAACCCAAUCAUCUACACGUUGACCACCAGACCUUUCAAGGAAAUGAUCCAUCAGCUCUGGUACAAUUACAGACAAAGAAGGUCUAUGGAUAGAAAGGAGACUCCAAAGGCAUUUGCUCCCUCAUUCAUCUGGGUGGAGAUGUGGCCCGUGCAAGAGAUGCCCACUGAAUUCCUGAAGCCAGCGGUUUUCACAGACCCCUGCGAUCUGUCACUAGUUUCUCAGUCAUCUAGACUCAAUUCUUAUUCAUAGCUGGUUCGGGGAACCAUUUCUUCUCAGAGAAUACUGUGAAGUGCAUCUGGAGGGACUUGCUGAUAUGAAGUAAAUGCCACAAAAUGUAUAACUUAUGGUUAAGACAAGUUCACAUACAGUGACGCAAGGCAGGGAAAGGUAGCUGGUGUUCAUACAAAGAGAAGCAUCUCACUGAUACCAUGUGCACGGAUACUCGUACAUAUUUGCAUAGGAGACAAAGGUGACUCUUUUUCUAGCAUGCGUUUAUGCACACUGCAUGGAGGUAAAGUGCUGGACACACACAAUAUAAAGCCUCUUUAAUCUACAUAUUGUGUUUAACUGCUAACGACACAAAUUCUACCCACAGCUCCUAGAUUUCUCUGCUGUGCAUAUCAGCAAGCGUGAAGCCCAUAGACAUUUUAAAACUGGUACUCAAAGAUAACAGCAUCGGAUAAAAUGUGUGGAGCCACGGAGGCGCUCAGGGGACAAAAGUGAUUACUUUACACACGUGCUGACCUGAGCUCAGUAUCUGGAUCCCAUGUAAAGCUGGAAAGAGAGAAUAGACUCUGAAAACUUGGCCUCUAACCUCCACCUGUGCGACAUAGCAAGUGUGUGCACACAUGCACAUCACACUCACACACAAAUUAUUAAAUACGGUUAUAUGCAAAGCAGAAACAUUCUAUCUAAAGAAUCUUCUGUAUUGUUCUCUGAGUCUCCAUGCUUGAGAGUCAACACAACAUAUUUAUUCAAAGGAAGCUUUGCUGCCAGGUGUGGUGAACAAACCCAUGAUCCUCACAGUAGAGAGGAAGAAGCAGGAGCACAAGUUCAAGGCCAACCUCAGCAACCUAGAAAGACCCUGCCUCUGGCGUGCAAAAGUAGAGCCUGGGAUAGGGCUCAAUCGCUAACGCGCUUACUGCACACACACGGGGACCUGAGUUUGAAUUCCUGGCACCCAGAUUAAAAAAAAAAAAGCCAGGUGUGGUAGAGCAUACUAUAAUCCCAGUGCUGGGGAGGCAGGAUCCCCAAGGCUUGUUGAUCAGCUAUCGGGAAGACACCUAAUGUCAGCCUGACUUCCAUACAGGUGUGUUCACCCAUACACACGUAUGUACAGACACAACAGACAUACGCAGAGAUGAAGGAGCCAGGCAAGCUUUGUUAUCAAUUCAGAACCAGUAGUUUAUCUCUCCCAGUUUUCUUUUGGCUUUUCUUUGAGUGAGCACCAUCAUGAGGAAACAGGACAGUGGGUGGAAAUAUUGUAGAGGGGUAAGCCAGAAAAGGGAGAAUGAGGGUGUUUAAAUCAAUGAGCUCCAAUUCUGAGUCCAGGAAUAAGCCUUCAUGUUUCAACCAACUGAUUGUUUAAAAGGGUGACGAGUAUAAACAAAAUAAAUUAAAUCAGGAAGAUAUAUAUAUAAGCAACUCACACCCACAGCCAGCCAACAACACUCUAAAAAAAGCUCCUCCCUCAACUGUUCCUCAGACAGGAAGUGAAGGCACAGCAGCAAACUCACUCCAUGAGCCCAGCACAGCCCUGCCCCAAACCAGAGAAAAGCACAACAAAUAAAAACUACCAGGCAAGCACAGAUGCAAAGACUCUCAGUAAACACCCACAAGUCAAAGCCAAGAACAGAUUGGGGAAAAUCACACACCAUCACCAAGUUUGUUUGAUCCAGGAAUGCAAGUUUGUUGGGCCAAUACACACAAAUCAAUAAAUCUAAUAUAACACACAAGCAGAAAAGGGCAGAUCUCACAUGAUUAUUUCAAGAGACGCAUAAAAAAAAGGUCUUUGACAAGAUUCCACAUCCUUCAUGAUAAAAACCUUAUAGAAACUAAGAAUAGAGGAACAAAUGCCAGCAUAAUAAAGCUUAUAGAAAACAAAGCUUUAGCUGAUCAAAUUAAGUGGGAAAUGAAUGAAAGAAUUUCCUCUACAGCAGGGAAUGAGAUAAGAGUGCCUAUUGGGGGCCACACAAGUGUCACGGGUAGCAGAAAAAUCGCCUGCCUGAGAUGAAGAGGGAAAGUCGAGGCAGCACCGAUUUUUCAGGCACUGGCACAAAACUUCCAGAGUCUACCUUGUGGUGUAUUUUUCUUACACAUUUAGGCACAGUAAAACUUUGGAAAGAGGUUCCCAUGUGACAGUUAUCACAACAAAGCUUGAGGCACAGGUUCAUAGAGACUCCCUAGCAAAGUAGGAAAGCACAUGUGAUCUUUGCAAUGUGUUCUGUUGACUGGUAAACAAUGCUCAGGACUGGGGUCUGAGGAGGAAGGAUUUGUCAUAAGCAUAAGGACGGAUUCUAUUGAAGGAGGAUACAAAGAACAUAGUUCCUCUGUCAUAAGGAUGGGUUCUAGUCACUGAGACACAAAGCUCAGGAUUAAACCUAAACAAUGCCCAGGAUUUAGAGAGAUUCCGGUAGACUGACUCCAUAGAAUAGCAGAAAUAUCACCAGGUAGUCAAGACAACAUCCACUCCAGCCGCCCAGGUGAUCAAGUGUAGAAGGUUCUUCAGCCAUGGUCUUCCUUUGAAGAAAACAGGCCCAUGUGCUUAACAGUUCUGGUUCCUCCCAUGCCUUCUUUAAACUGUGCUUUCUACAAGCGCCCAGUUGCAUAAUUCUUACUCGAAACACUGUUCAAAGUCUUCGCUUGAGAAAGACUAAAAAGAAACACAAUGAACAGAAAUAUGAGAGGGAAAAGUUAAUAUAUCCUUAUUGUAGACAACCCAAAGCUACACUUAAAAGACCCUAAAAAGAUUCUACUAGAAAGCUCCUAGAUUUCAACAAAUCAGUUUAUGGGUGUACCCUCUGUGUUAACAGAUCCCUGAGAUGCUUGUGUACCCACAUUUAUUAUUAAUUCUGUUCAUCAAAAAAAAAAAAGAAGGAAAGGAAAAAAAGGAAAGAGCCUCGAUAUUCGUUGAAAGAAAAAGAGAAUUUACAUAUUUACAAAAACUUCAGUAUCCUUCCUCUAUAUCAAUAAGAAACUUCAUUUGAAUUGAAGCAAGAUCAUCAUGGGUACAUAGAAAUACUUCUGGUUUUGGAUUCAUUUUGCAUUCUAUCUCUUAGUGUGGAAAUCUCCAGUUACAUCCAAUUUUCUGAAAAUGUCAUUUCUUUCUUAAUGACUGAAUAAAGUUCCAUUAUGUAUAUGUUAAAUGAAAUAAGCCAGACUCAAAUGGUAAAUAGUAUGUUUCCUCUCACAUGAGUGUGCACGCGUGUGUGU